AUGAAUGAAACACAAGACAGCGACACGAACUUUGAAGUGGCCUGCUCUUAAUGUCAAACAACUCCUGACAAUUAUGUCAAAUUGGAUUGUGAUCACAAGUUCUGUCUCGUAUGUUUAGCCUACAAUUAUUUGCAAUCUCAACAACAGAACCCAGAAUCUCAAGAUACCGUGAAAGUAGCCAUCUGUUCAAAGUGUCAAUAUGAAACUCACCUUGAUCCAGACACUAUCGAGGCAAUUCAAUAUGUGAUCAAGGAAAUCAUCAUCCCACUUAUCGAAUAGAAUUAAGAAGAGCACAAUGUGGAUAAUGAUUUCGAUCUAAAAUAAUCCGAAACUAUAAGGGAAUCCAAGGGCAAUUUCGCUGCUGAAUUAGCUAAUGAUGAACUAUUUGAAUAGAAAAAAGAUAAAAAUGCAAACAAUUUAUAAUUUCAAAAAGUGGACUCAACCAAGGAAACCUCUGAAAUUAAGGAGAUCAAGAAAAAUAAGGAAUCUCUCAUUGCCAAAACUGAUAUGACUUCUGCUUUGAAUGAAAGAGUGCAAUUAUAUUUGGAGAGAUUGGAUAAAAGUUUCAAAAAUAAGUUUGAAUCCAUUAGAGAUAUUCAAGAUUAGAAAUUUCAAUUUUAGUAAAAGUGUUAAUCUACUAGAGACGAGAUCAGUCAAGAUUUUCAAAAAGUAAUAUUAUAUGUAACUAUAUAAUUAGUAAAUUAUUGCUUUGGAAUAAAAGAAGAAUAGUCUUAUUAAUGAAGUUAAUACACUUGAAACUUAGUAACUGUUAGAAAUCUAAAAACAAGAGAAUGAAUAUGUAAUUUAUAGGAAUAUCUCAAGGAAUCAUAAAUUUAAUUGAUGGCUAAGUAUCAAGAGGAAUUAAGGAACUUAAAGGGUAUUCCCGAAGAUAUCAGCAAAUUCUUAAUUGAAAUUGAAAAAAUCAUGACUGCCCCAUCUCAAUCUCUGUAAAUAGUAAAAUAUGUGUGAAUGAAUAGAAAUCCUCACUUUUGUCAUCCCAAAGAUAGUUAAUUCGCAUUCAAUCUCUUACCUAAUCGACUGAAGAGAGACUAACCUCGGAUUCCAAACUCAUUCCUAUUUAAUAGAAGUUCAGUCCUAUUAAGAAUGACAGAACCAAUGAAAUUUGGAGUAAGUUGAAUGAAAGUGAUAAAAAGAGUAGACUAAAAGAAAGCUCAAUCUCGCAAUAAAGAUCAAAUCAAAAGAGCAGAUGGAAAGAAACGAUCUUAGAAAUCUUUGAUAAAAAAGAGCAAAGCUUUGAACGAUAUUCUACUAACAAUAAAUAUAAUCCAUUGAAUAGACCCUACAAUAUUCAUUAAGUUUUGAAUAUGUAACAAUAAAGUUUUUAAAUUCAAAAAGAAAAUUUAUUAAAAAGGUGA